UACAAUUUUAACUGAUUGUUUCUGGCUAAAGUAAGACUUAUUUAAAAAUUUGUUUUUCAACUCUCCACAAGCCUGUUCCUGACUCUUGAAGACACAAACCCCACUGGGCGGCCUGAGGAGAAUAAGCCCAGAUGGCAUCUUACCUGAUCAUCUUGAUGGCCCUCCUGUGUUUUGACCAAGGCAGUGCUCUGCAGUGCUACACGUGUGUGGGGGACAGCUGCCGGGGAAAGGGCCAGAGUCCCACCAACUGCUCAUCUUCCGACGCUUACUGUGAGACCAUCGUGAUUUCCGCUCGGUUUGAUACCCACAAGCUUGAAAACAUCAUCCAGAAAUGCUCCUCCACCUGUGAGCCCUCCAACACAACAAUUGGAGUGUUACACGUGACAUCGCAGUGUUGCAACAACACCCUUUGCAACAGCAAUGGAGCAGCCUAUGUGACUGCCAACAGCGCGGCCAUAGCCUUGGCUGUGUUGACUUGCCUUGGUUUUCCUCUGUUUGGGACUAGGCUCUGAUGUGGCAGCCAAACGAUGAAUUCAUCAAUCAGGGAGCAUUUAUUGAACACCUACUGCAUACCAGUCAAAAUCAAAGUGGACCUCCUCUUGGGGAGCUCACAAUCAAAUGAGGGUGGCAAUAUAAACAUAUAUAAAUACAAACAGAAGUAGAAAACUGUUCUUAAAGAACCUACUUAUAUCCAUUCUCUGGGAAGUCCUAGGUUAUAUUUACUCAGUGUCAUGGAGCUGAGGGUUUGGGGCAUCUUGUGCGUUCUCCAAUGGUGAACGUAGAACUCUACACACAGUUGGUGCUUAAUAAAUACUUAUUGAAUUAA